ACUAAAUCGCCGGUUAAAAAAAGAGAAAACCGCGAAAAUAUCACCGGCUUCAAUUUUUCUCUCUUUCGCCGGCGGCGGCUUUUGAUCGUCUGAAAAUUUGCCUUUGAAGUCCACGUGUCUACCGGGAUCUGACUUUUCCAACGAUAUUUCCACAUGGAAGCUCACGGUGCUGGUCUCCGCCGUGUCCUUGUCCUCGCCUUCUGUGUCGCCGGAAUCUGGUCCGCUUAUAUUUAUCAAGGCGUUCUACAAGAGACUGUGUCAACGAAGCGGUUUGGUCCUAACAAUGAGAGGUUUGAACACUUGGCAUUCCUAAAUCUGGCGCAAAAUGUAGUUUGUUUGGUAUGGUCAUUUAUAAUGCUUAAGAUUUGGUCUAAUGGGAAGAGUGGUGGUGCUCCUUGGUGGAGUUAUUGGAGUGCUGGUAUUACAAAUACUAUUGGUCCUGCAAUGGGGAUUGAAGCACUAAAAUACAUCAGCUAUCCUGCACAGGUCCUGGCAAAAUCAUCAAAAAUGAUUCCUGUAAUGUUCAUGGGAACGCUAGUUUAUGGCAUAAGAUACACGAUUCCAGAAUAUGUAUGCUCUCUACUUGUUGCUGGUGGUGUUUCACUAUUUGCACUCUCAAAGACUAGCUCGAAAACCAUUAGUAAAUUGGCACAUCCAAAUGCUCCACUUGGGUAUGGGCUGUGCUUUCUGAACCUCACCUUUGAUGGUUUCACCAAUGCUACUCAGGAUUCAAUUUCAGCAAGGUAUCCUAAGACAUCUGCAUGGGAUAUUAUGUUUGGAAUGAAUUUAUGGGGUACCAUUUACAAUAUGAUGUUCAUGUUUGGCUGGCCAACUGCCAGCGGUUAUGAGGCAGUUCAGUUCUGUAAGGAGCAUCCAGAGGCAGCAUGGGACAUUCUUCUUUACUGUCUGUGCGGCGCUGUGGGACAGAACUUCAUUUUCCUAACCAUUAGUCGAUUUGGUUCUCUGACCAACACAACCAUCACUACAACUCGCAAGUUUGUGAGCAUAGUUGUAUCUUCUGUGUUAAGUGGCAAUCCACUGUCAGAAAAGCAAUGGACAAGCGUCGGCAUGGUGUUCUCCGGAUUGUCUUACCAGAUUUACUUGAAGUGGAGGAAGUUGCAGAGGAUGACAAAGAAGAGGAAGCCCAUGUAAAUGUUACUAUAAUCUUUUUAUCUGACGAUACAGUUCUGUACUAUUUAGUCAUUUUUCUCCUGUUGUAUUUCCAGCAUCCCAGGAGGGACAACACUUCCAUCAUUGGACAAGAUAAUCAAAUAGAAUUACUAGCACAUUUGUAGAA